GCCUAUAAUCACAGGAUCAGAAGCUUUUUGUCUGUAUCCAGGUGUUUUCUCAAUCUGCGUUGAGAUGAAGCUGCUACUCGCCCUGUCUGUUGUCCUUAUCACUCUGUCUGUGUUGGCAGAACCCAGCUCAGCAGAUUCCCAGGAGCCCUCCGUCAAGGACCGGUUUAGGAAUAUUGGAGAAAGCAUAAAAGAUGCCUUUACCAAAGCAGGAGAAAAGACUAAGAGCGCAUUUGAAGAGCUGCAUAAGAGCGACGUUGUUAAACAGACCUCGAACUUUUUCAAAGAUACUUUUCAGAAGAUAAAAGACAAGUUUACUAAAUGAUUUCAGAAGAUUAAUUUAGAAGAAUCUACGGAAUGAAAACCCCUCACCCUGCUAUUUGUUAGCCCAAAGAAUAUUGUAGACGUUCCUUUUUUGAGUUUACAGAUCACAUAGAUGUAAUAAACAUCGGUACUUUCCAGUCA